AUGAUUAAGCAGAAGUCAACAUCAUCUAUGAGUAGUGUUAUUAAUAAAGAGAAAAGUAAACGUAGCUCAAAGUCUUCAAAAGGUACCAAUAAACAUCAACACACUAAUAUUCCUGUGGCGGAAAAUGUGCGUCUUGUCUGGUUGGAUCAAAAUAUUGAUGAAAACCAAAACGAUUUUUGUCGCAGUGCUAUUACAGAAUUUCGGCAUGUAAUUAACAGUAUCAAAACAUUUACCGAAUAUGAUGAAUGUCUUAAUUUUCUGAAGAAAAUUGAAAAUGAAAAAGUUUGUGUAAUUGUUUCCGGUCCAUUAUGUCAACGACUUGUUCCAGAAAUUCAUGAUCGAUUGCAUAUAGAUUCUAUAUAUAUCUAUUGUGACGAUCGGAAACCGUAUAAAAAAUGGGCGCAAAAUUGGAAAAAAAUUAAAGGAAUUUUUAGUAAUACAGUACCAAUUUGUGAAUAUCUUAAACAAUCAGUACAAAAAUGUGAACAUAAUGCAAUUAGUAUGAAUUAUAUGCCGACAAAUAAUACUAAAGUUUCAGAGAAUACGAUGGAACAAAUGAUUUAUUCUUUUAUAUGUCCUCAAGUUCUAAAAGAAAUUUUAUCUACUAUACAAUUUGAUGAACAACAUUUUACAAAAUUUAUUAAAUAUUGUGAAGAAAUCUAUCAUGAAAAUGAACAAGAAUUAAAUAAUAUUAAACGAUUUAAACAAACAUAUCGCGAAAAAACACCAAUUUGGUGGUAUACAGAUAAUUGCUUUUUAAAAUCAAUGGUUAAUCGUGCUCUAAAAACAAUGGAUAUGAAACUGAUCAUCAAAAUGGAUUUUUUUAUUAGUGAUAUUCAUCGUCAAAUUGAACAAUUAUAUGUAGAACAAUUUCGGAAUCAUUCUGGAGAAUUAAUGAAAGUUUAUCGUGGUCAAGGCGUGUGUAAGACCGAUUUUGAACAAAUAAAGAAUACGCAAAAUGGUUUUAUUUCAUUUAAUAAUUUUCUAUUUGCUACGAAAGAUUCAAAUAUAGCUCUUAAUUUUGCUCGUCAUGUUGUGGAAACGCCUGAUCAGAUUGGAAUUUUAUUUGCUAUAACAUUUGAUCCUUUGAAAUUAACAACACCAUUUGCUUUAAUUAAUAAAAUCGGUCAGGAUGAACAACCAGCUAAUGAAUAUCUCUUCUCGAUGUCUUCGGUAUUUCGUGUUCGUGAUAUUAAACCAAUCGGUGAAACUAAUCGUCUUUGGCAAGUACAUUUAACAAUGAGUCCUACUGAUAAUCAACAACUACAUACUUUAAUUGAACCUAUAUAUGAAGAAACUUGUCCAAAAUCUAUAGGAUGGGGACGAUUCAGUAUGUUUUCAAUUGGAAUGAAUCAAUUAGAAAAGGCUCAACAGGUUUAUAAAGGAAUGCUUGAACAAACAUCAGAUGAUUAUGCAAAAUCCGGUAUUUAUCAUCAACUUGGAUGGAUCAAAGAUUAUCAAGGAAAGUAUGAAGAUGCAAUUUUAUACUAUAAAAAAACAUUGGAAAUCUCUCAGAAGAUGAAUCCUGCAGAUCAUCUUGAUUUAGCUAUGUCAUAUAAUAAUAUCGGUUUAGCAUAUUAUAACAUGGGUAAUUAUCCUGAAGCAUUAUCAGCUCAUGAAAAAGCACUUGAAAUUCGACAAAAAACUCUUUCUCCUAAUCAUCCUGAUCUAGCUAUGUCGAACAAUAAUAUUGGUAUGGCUUAUAUUAAUAUGCAAAAAUAUUCGAAUGCAACUCCAUUUUGUAAACGUGCAAUAGAGAUUGCAAAACGUUCAUUAUCACCAACGAAUCCAUAUCUUAAACAAUAUCAAAGCAAUUUUGACUUAAUAAAGAUGAAAUCAUAA